CAAGGAUAUAGGACAUGUUCGAAUUUAAUUUGAUAUUAAUUUACUCAUGAUUAUCUCAUUAAUAUUUUCUGUGGAAUUGGUUCCAGCAUAGACAUUUCAGUACAUGCUGUUUGAGAAGAAACUCCUUAAAGUUAAUCAUUUAGGAUAAUGGAUAUACCUGCGACUUGUUCAGAAUAGCAAACAUGGCGGAUAUAUAAUAAACUUCGUGUAAUACUACCAAUGUAGUAUAACAGCAAGAUUUCUAUCGUGUGAUUUGCAGUAAAAACUUAAACAAUAAAGAAGUAGACAACACACGCACAAGUAGAAGUAACAACAACUGAUAACAGAUAUGGAGAAACACAGUGAUGUUGAUGAAGUACUUCGUAUAAACUACGACAGUAUGUGCAAUAAAAUAGCAAAAGAGCUAACUACAGAAGACUUAAAAGGAAUAAAAUUUUUGCUACGCGCUGAAAUAGGAAAAGCAACAUGGGAGAAUAUAAAAGACGGAAAAGAUCUUAUAACAGUUCUAGAGAGACGUGAAUAUUUUACCAGAAAUGAAGUUACUAAACUAGAAAAACUGUUCACUGAUGUCAAAUUGUCUACACUAGCUACAGUUGUACGACAAUAUAACGAUUGUAUACCUAGAAUGCUAAAUAUAGAUGAAUCUGAUGGUAUUGCAAGAAAUUAUGCAACACAUUCGAUGACCAUAGUUCAGAACUUUGUGGAGACGGAGAACUAUCGAAGAAUGGAGGAAAUUAUUACCAGAAAAGGAGCAGUUCUUGUCAAAGGACCACCUGGAGCAGGGAAAUCGCAAAAUGCAUUUCACUUUGCAAAUAAAUUUAGAAAAGAACAUCAGCAAUCCAUAGUAUGGAGAGUACAUUGCAAGUCCACCCGGGAAAUGCAUUUGUCUUAUACAAAUUUGAUGUUACGUCUUGGCAUACGCGAAGUCAUAAGAUACAGCGAAUCUGACAUAAAUGAAUGUAUUCGAAUGAUGUUUGAUCGGGUUUAUAAAAAGUUGACUGAAGACGAGUACACACAACAUACGCAUUUGAUUAUAAUGGACGAUAUGGAAUCACCCAAAACUGCGCAAGAGGUUCAUGAGAUGAUGGAAUAUUUCAUUAUUGCCAAAAACAUAUAUGUCAUAGGCACGUCACAGCAUCGGUAUUCACCAAUGCUUACGCACAAAUACGGAACAGAAGUUUCUAAAAUGACGGAUAAUGAGGUAAUAGAAUUAUUCAAACUGGACAAUAAUACUAAUGACCCUACAGAAAUAUGCGAAAUCAAGGAAUUAGCGAAUAAAAUGGACUACUUACCACUGUGUCUGGCUCUAGCAGCGUCAUACAUACGAAUUACAAAAACAAGCAUUGGUCAAUACAACAGAAAUUGGUCAGAGCUGCAAAAACAAGCACAUGAAAUUUCUACAGAGGGUAAAAAGUUUGAUGCAUCAUACAUUCUCACGUUAGAAAAUCUAGAAAAAGAUUUACCAGAGAGUUCCAAAACACUUUUGCAAUACAUACCUUAUCUAAACAACAACACCAUCCCUAUUCAAUUGUUAGAAAGCUUGUUAGAAUAUGAUUCCUCAUCAACAGAGACCGACGUAAAUACUCUGUUAGCUGCUUUACAUGACUAUUCACUGGCAGCCAUCAGUGGAAAAGGAGUCACGCGUAUUAUAGCUUUCCAUAGCGUUACAGUUUGGUUUUUGGACAAGCGUAAAUCUGAGAGCAAAAGACAAGAAGAGCGUUUAUUUUUGUUGCGACAUUUUUGUUAUUAUAUUGACAAUGAUGCGAGACUUACGGAAACAAUGAAUCGAAAUGUAAAGUUUCUUGAGCAUGCAUGUUGUUUAUUGAGGAGUCUUGAGAAAAAUGGUGGAGAUAGUUGCUUCGAAACAAAACUUUUUGAAUGCUACCUAUGUUGCAGCGUGGCCGUCACAUUUCACUUAUAUGGAAACACACAAGUAUCUGCCGAUUACUUCUUCAAAAAGGCAAAAAUGUUUUUGCUUAAACUGAUUCCUCACGAACUCAAAAUAUACGAAGGAUUAAAGGAACGUAACGUGGAUAUGUCGAGCGUUGAAAAUUUCCUGAGAGGCAACGAUGAGAUCAAAUCAAAAUCCAGUGAACUAUUUCGGACGCUGACUAGGAAAGCAAGAGAAAUUCCCGAUGAUAUGAUAAAGAAAUUUGUUCUGAUGAAAUAUAGAAGUUGUAGAGAUAUUCGGUUGUUAAGGGAAUACGGUAAACUAAGUGAAACAGAUAUUCCUAAAAAUCAAAUUCCUGAGCAGUGUUUACAGAAACUCAUAGACUGCAAAGUUAUCUUGCCUUUAGAAGAUGUUAAAGAAAUUUUUCUUGCUGAGUUAUUUGCAACCAUCAUGUAUAACCAUAGUAAAAAUAUGGUAUUUAUUGACGAGGCAAAAGACGAAAAUGAAGAUAGCUUAAUUGAUUCUAAAACACAUACACCUGAAUAUAGGGUUAACAGGGAAGCUUUGCAUGAAUAUCAUUAUGCUUUGAACAUUGCCGCAAAACUUGAUGACUACAUUAAGGAAAUUAGUACGAAUCUUCAUUCUGUAAGAUAUAUUUUGACAAAAAGAGGUGGGAUUUAUUAUUUUAUGCGCCGACUGAAAAGUAAAGAAAUAACUUUUGAAGUAGUUGAAACUUUAAAUGAAAUGAUAAAUUCUGGUAGUGAAAAACUAUAUUUUGACUUCGGGGUUUUGAAAAUGUGUAAGAACUAUGAUCUUUAUCAAAGAUGUAUGAUACAGAAUAUAUUACGCAUGAGUAAUCUGGUUCUAUCUGAGCUAGUUCCGAAUGAAAAAGAACAUUACAUACAACAAGCAUUAUUUCAUUGUGAUAAAAUGGAAUCUAUCCUUUCGGAAAUGGAGCCUUGGAUAGCUUUAACAAGCGUUCAUUUAGACAUUGCAGAAACGUACAUGGCAGUUGUAUCACCGCGCGCCGAAAAGGCAAAACAUCAUUUCAAAAUGGCCUUUGAGAAACAAGAACUACCAACCCGCUACAAACUUAAAGCGUAUAAAAGCUUUGUUCGAUUUUGUUAUCAAAAAGGUGAAGUCGAAGACUUUGUAUUGGCAGAAGAUUUCAGUCAAAAGGUACUGAGGCAAGCUACUCAAGAUGAACAGAAAAAAUUUAUAGAAAACUCUAUUGAAAAUCUUCGUAAAGAGAAAUCAAAACGGCUUUCAGAUGGUCUCGACAAUAAAAUGGCCACUUGCAACGUUAGUAGCACAAAUGCAAGUAAUGAAGACACAGAUACAAAUGAUAAAGAUGAACAAAAAGUUGAAGAAUUGUCCGAUAAAACACAAAGUUCCACAGAUAACAUCAAUAGCGUGAGGGGCGACUAUGUCACAACACCAAAUGACGAUAUGGCUAUGGAAGAGAAAUCUCAAGAAAGAAAACAAAUCAUUUCAACACUUGAUCGACUUGAAAAGAAUGUUGUAGCUAAAAUCGAAGAGAUGCAAGAGAAGUUUCUUAAGGUGGAAAUUGAGAGACUUGAUGUAGACAAAAGAAGACUUGAAGUGGAGGAAGAACGAUUAGAACUGGACAAAGAAAAAGUUCGACUUCUGUCGGUCAAGGGCAAUAAAACAUAAACACUGCCAUGUCUGAUAUUACAAAAAUGCUAGUUGAUUGCAUUUAAAAAUAAAUAAAAUAAUAAUUCUUACUUAAGCUUGUAUAGCAUCACACAAAAAAAAACCAACUUCACAUAUUUGCCAUGUAGCGUUAUAAUAUGAAAAUUAUUGGAUUCUUUCUCUAUUAGACAGUCUUUAUGUUUUAACGACGAAUGAAUGAAUUAACUGAUAUACACAACAUUGUUUUUAAAUUGAGGAAAAUAUU